CUCUCCUCUUCCACCACCGUCAGCAACAAUGACCAGCACAGUAUCAGCCUACACAGACAAGAUCAAGGAGAUGUCCAUGCUGUCUCUGAUAUGCUCCUGCUUCUACACACAGCCAAAUCCCAACAGCCUCUAUGAGUAUGGAGACCUGGAGGUGAAGGGCUUGAACAAGCGAGCAUCCGGCCAGUCGUUUGAGGUUAUCCUGAAGGAUCCUGACCAGUGCGGGGACAAAAGCCAGACUCAGCCGCUGCCUUCCCCCCCAAGGAGGGAGGUGUCCCUGGAGGAGCUCCAGCGGAGGCUGGAGGCUGCUGAGAAAAGGAGGAAGUCCCAGGAGGACCUGUUGCUGAAGCAGCUGGCGGAGAAGAGGGAGCACGAGCAGGAGGUUCUCCACAAGGCGCGCGAGGAGAACAACGUCUUUAGCAAGAAGACGGAGGAGAAGCUCACCCAAAAGAUGGAGGUCAACCAGGAGAACCGCGAGGCCCACCUCAAUGCUCUCAAACAACGGCUGCGUCAGAAAGAAGUCCACGCCGCUGAAGUGCGCAGGAACAGGCAGCUUCAGGCCGACCUCUCGGGCUGAAGAUGCCCUCUCAAGCAGUGGAUGUUGCUUUUGAAACUCUUCUGUGUGUCAAAGUGUUCCUAGUUGUUCAGUACUCACGAAUAUCAUCCCACAGUGCACCUUUCAGGAUAAAAACUAUUUGUAAAUCAGCACCAAAACAUUUUACUCAUCCGUUUAAUUUUUUGGUAAACCACACAUAUUUUACAGAAUAUCUACCUGAAGUCAGGUAGAUAUUCUGACAUAGCCAAGUACAGCGGACAUAAAGUCCACUCCUUAGCCGAAUGAGAUAUGUGUCGGGUUUAUUUAAAAGAAAAUAUGACUGAAUAAUGCUGACUAAUCUGCAAAAAUUAAUUUGUGACUGUGAGUAUUUAAAUGUCUUCUGAGUUUUUUUUGGUACCUUUGGUGUGAGCUUAUUUCAGGAUCCACCUCUUCUCUCUACAUUUAGCCCAAUGAAGACCUGCAGUCAAGUAGCAGCUAAAAACUCUAAAUCAAUAUUUUUUAUUGUCACAGUGACAGUGAAAGUGAGGCCCACAAACAGGUUUUUGUUGAUCAUGUUCUAAAUGCUUAUGUAAGGGGAGUGGCUUCUGAAGGAGGCUUGAAGAGAUGGGCUGUCAGUGUUGCCAACUCAGCCACUUUCUCUCUAUAUGUAGUGACUUUCUUUCUUUAAUUUUGUUGGAAAAGGGUUGGCAACACUGGGUUUUUCUCUUGGAUCAUUGAAAAAAAAUCCAGCAAACUCUUGCCAGUUUCUCACCAAACCCUAUAGCUUUGACAUAAUUUAUUUUACUACCAUGACAUUUUUAUUUUACUUGUCUGAAGACCAUUUUUACACAUCGUUAAACAGUUUACAAUUUUUCCAUUUGAUUUAACUGUUUUCUGAAACACUUUUAAAACACGUUUUUCACCCUCAGAAUGAAUAAAGAGAAUGUUAGGA